CCCCAGUCCCCACGCGCGGUUUUCGCUGCGAGGGUCUCUUUCCUCCUUCCCGCGGAAGAGGUUUCUUGCUCGGUGUUCCUUUCCCCUUAAUAUCCCUCGCCGCCCGCCUUGCACCUCAUCUGUUAUUUGCAAGAAACGUCUUUUUGACGCAGGAAGAAAUGGCAAAUUUGAAGUACGUCAUUAAUAUGGCGCCAAAAGAUUUUGUUAAGUAUAAGCUUAUUUUUUGUAAGGUUGCAGCAGCAGGCUAGUGUGUACGCCUGUGCAUAGCUCCGGGGAGGUGAAAGCGGCGCGGUGGGGGGGGGGCGCAGAGAGAGAGAGAGAGAGGAAAAAAGAGGGGGAGUGUGUAUAUAUGAGAAGGGGAGGAAGCAAAGAAAGUGUUGCAGCUCUGUGAUCUGUGUGUGCACUGCUGCCGCCGUUGUGUGCGCGCGCGAGGCUGAAGAUCAUUGCGAAAGUGACCUGAUCAGGCUUGUAGAGAGAGAGGGAGAGAAGGAGAGAGGGAGAAAAGGAGAGCGAGCCCGUGUAUGCAACCCGACCUCUUUCCAGCUGCCCAGGGCACAAGAGAAAAGAGAUGGGGACUCAGCGCAUCGGAGGGAGGUGAAGGCGAGGGAGGGGUGGUGGGUGAGCAGUGCGUUGGGGUGGGAGGCAACACAUGCCGAACACAAUCAGGGAUGGGACCCACGUUUGCUACUGCCGCCGCCGCCGCCGCCGCUGCACCUGGACCUGCUGCUCGUCAGGGAGGAACAACAAACAAGAAAAUAAGAAAUUGAGGGAAGGGGGUGCGAGGGGGCGUGGGGGGGGAGGAAGAAGGUGGGGUGAAACCGCCAGCAUCACCCUAAUUUGUAUACUACUCCUUUGAAGAAGUCCCUUCUUCGCCAGCAGGGGAAAAGGGGGGUCGGAAGAGAAAAGAAGAAAAAGGGCAGUCGCAGGAUUUCGGGCAAUUGCAAAGAGAUCCGAAAAGAAGUCUGGAUUUAAAAAAGAAAUAGGAACACGCAGGGCUCGCCGGAUUUUGCACAGAGCGGCCAUCUCAGCUGGAAGCAAUUCUUUGGAAUUGAUUUUUUGUUGUUUUUGUUUUUAAUUUUGCAUCCAUGGAGUUACUUUGUAUCUACUCCUAAAAGAAGGGCAGCAUCUUCGGAUCCUACAAGGGGGAUGGUUUGUCCCCUGCGCAAUGGUGCCGGAUUAGUCUUUGCAAAGGGAGAUUCCAUGAGCGGUUACGUUUUUGGAGCAUCUCUUCCCACACCUCUCUGGUAACCCGAGGGACAGUCUCAACUCUUGGAGGACGCUCUUUCCCAGGCAAGAUGGAAGAGAAACGGCGAAAGUACUCGAUCAGCAGUGAUAACUCAGACACCACUGACAGUCAGACAACAUCAGCCUCAAGAUGCUCCAAAAUUCCAAAUACAAAAUCCGGUUGGUCAAGACAGAAGGAGAAGAAACCCUCAGAGGUUUUUCGUACCGAUCUGAUAACAGCUAUGAAAAUCCCAGAUUCUUACCAACUGAGCCCAGAUGAGUACUACAUCCUUGCUGAUCCCUGGAGGCAAGAGUGGGAGAAAGGUGUUCAGGUGCCAGCAAACACAGAAACAAUCCCUGAACCAGUGGUUAGGAUCGUUCCUGUUCUAGAACAUUCAUCACCACAAACCUCACCAAGCAACCUGUCCAGCUCUGACAGUUUAGAUGUCACCAGGACAUACUCCCAAAGAGCAAGUCGCUAUGACCUGGAUGAAAUCGAUGCUUGCUGGCUGGAACUCUUCAACAUGGAGCUUAAGGAAAUGGAAAAGCCAGAAAUGGAUGAAUUCACCUUGGAAAGAGUACUGGAGGAGCUGGAGACGCUGUGCUAUGAGAACAUGAACGUUGCCAUCGAGACAGAAGAAGGUCUCGGCAUAGAGUACGAUGAGGAUGUCGUGUGUGACGUGUGCCGCUCGCCAGAAGGAGAGGAUGGCAACGAGAUGGUUUUCUGCGACAAAUGCAACGUCUGCGUGCACCAGGCUUGCUAUGGAAUCCUGAAAGUUCCCAUCGGAAACUGGCUUUGCCGAACCUGUGCCCUUGGAGUCCAGCCAAAGUGUUUACUCUGCCCAAAGAGAGGGGGAGCUCUGAAACCCACCCGAAGUGGGACAAAAUGGGUCCACGUUAGCUGUGCCUUAUGGAUACCUGAAGUUAGCAUUGGAUGCCCUGAAAAAAUGGAACCCAUUACGAAGAUAUCACAUAUCCCAGCAAGCAGAUGGGCUUUGUCAUGCAGUCUUUGCAAGGAGUGCACGGGAACAUGUAUUCAGUGUUCCAUGCCUUCCUGCAUCACAGCCUUCCACGUAACAUGCGCCUUUGAACGCAAUCUGGACAUGCGGACGCUUUUAGCAGAGAACGAUGAGGUGAAGUUCAAGUCCUUCUGUCUUGAGCACAGCAGCGGUGCCACUAAGCCACCAGACGAAGCACGGACGGAUGCAGAUCAAGGCAAGCUGGAUAUGGAAAAAGUAACGCUGAGGAAACAGAAGCUCCAACAGUUGGAGGAAGACUUCUAUGAUCUUGUGAAGCCCUCUGAAGUGGCUGAGAACCUUGACUUGACUGAGGGGCUAGUUGAUUUUGUCUAUCAGUACUGGAAGUUAAAGAGGAAAGCCAAUUACAACAAGCCUCUAAUGAUGCCCAAAACAGAUGAGGUGGACAACUUGGCUCAGCAAGAGCAAGAUGUGCUGUACCGACGCUUGAAGCUCUUCACACACCUCAGGCAAGAUCUUGAAAGGGUUAGGAAUCUCUGUUACAUGGUGACAAGGCGAGAGAAAAUGAAGCACUCCAUUUGCAAACUCCAGGAACAGAUCUUCCACCUUCAGAUGAAACUUAUUGAGAAGGACCUUUACCCAGAGCAAACUGGAAAGAAAACAAAGGGAAGAAGAAGUGACCCAAAAAGAAAAGGAAGAGAUGAUAGGAAAAGCAGCCCAGAGAAGAAAGAAAAAAGGAAAUCGGGGAAUGAGUUGGUGCUGGGGCAGCUGGGUUUGUCCACUUCCUUUCCUAUUGAUGGGACCUUCUUCAACAGCUGGCUGGCUCAGUCUGUACAGAUCACCACUGAGAACAUGGCAAUGAGCGAGUGGUCCUUGAACAAUGACCACCAUGAAGACACCACCCCAGGCCUUUCUGAGGAACUUCUACAAGACGAAGAGACCUUGCUGAGUUUCAUGAUGGAUCAUUCCCUGAAGUCCCCGUUAAAGCACAGUGACACCGCAAAGAAAGCUAGGAGCAAAGUGCGAACGCACACGAAGAAGAAAGUGGCAAGAAACGGCUUGAGUACCAUCUUUAAGAGACACCAAGAGGACUCACAUCACUGGACUAACGUGAGCUCUUUGCCAGAUAGCACCACCAAGUCCUCACCCCAUGAUUUAAGAAACAGCAAAGCAGAGAAAGGUGGGGACAAACUUCAGCCAGAGCGCAAGGCGAUGUGCGAAGUGAAAAAGUCGGCUAAGAAGGGCUCUUCACACCCCACAACUCUUCCAAAAGCAAAUGAUUCACAUGCCUCCCAGAGCCUGAUAAGUAACCUGAGCAAUGAGAAGGAGGAACCACUGAAAUAUACUCCAUCUUCUGAUCCCAAACCCUUGGUUAAAGUGCCUGAUUCAGUAGGUAGUCCAAAAACAGUAGUGAGGUUCAGAUUACCAAAAGAAGGCAGAGGGACUCGGAGAUCCCAGAACGAGAAGCCUACUGAGCUGGUUAAUGGACCUUCAGGAAGUGAGAGGUCGAAAGUUAUCUUACACCCUUUUGACAAUGAGACUGAUGGCUACUUCUCAGAUGCAGAAAUGAGUGACUCUGACACAGAAUCUGGUAGUGGCAGAGGGCACCAUAGCCAAUUAGAUUCAGGAAAUGAGGAUAAUUUCAGAAUGAGCAUUUUGGCAUCCUAAUACGCCAGAUAGACCAAUUGUGACAGCUCUGUGAGCCCUAAAUCCAGUUACAACUGCCAUGUCUAAUUUCCACCUGGUAUCAUAACAGAGGGUUUUGUUUUUCGUUUCGUUUUUAAUUUGUAUGUGUAGUUUAAGAAAAAAGAACUGUUGUUUUUCCUCUUCUCUGUUUGACUCAAAGCUUCACUGACUUAGACGUAUAUACUGUAACAGUAGCUAGCCUCUCCUAGUCAAAACAUGUGUAUCAUAGUGAAACAAAAUGCAAGCAUGUGCAUUAUUAGGGGCUAGGGCUUGCUGGUAGUGAGCAGGACAUCCUAGAAUUUUAACAAGGAGGCCUGAGAUUGCCAGUAUCUGUUGUUCAUGCAGGGAUGACAGUUUUAUGGGCAUUAUUUAAACCAAGCAAAUAGAUUUCAUGGUCUGCCUGGUAUUGCCUCUGUUUAGCAGGCUGCAGAAUGGGGGUACUAUUGUAGUAGCCAACUAUAUACACAGAACUUAAGGAAAAGUAAAUUGUGUGUGUGCAUGUGUGCGUGUAUGCAUACAUCUACAGGAUUUGUCAGUGUGUGUGUGUGUGUGUGUGUGUGUGCGCGCAACUAUGAAGUAAAAUAAGCGAAUAUUUUUUAAAGAAGCACAACAAGCUUAUUUGAAGAAAGCACUUAAUGGUUGGAGGAAAGACAACAUUGUAUUUAUGGUCUUUUAAAUCCUUGAUUUUUCUUUUUUACCUCCAGUUUGAUCCAAGUCCAUCCAAGGGUUCAGGAACCAAGAUUUAGCCCUAUCACUCACAACUUAUCAGCUGGGCAGCACCAUAAACCCUCAUCCAAGAUAAAGAAUGACAUAUCUUUGUUAAAGCUGCUCUGCUUUGAAUCCGUAUGCAUCCUGAGUGACAUCUGAUAUUUUAUUGGUAAAACCUAAACCUUUGGUUGUCUGAAGCAAUUCCCGUAAUUUGCUCAGGUUGAUUAAAGUAGCCUCUUACCAAAACACAAUGGAGAUAAUAGGACGGAAGAUGCAACUUCACGAACCUGAGAAAAAUAUGACUCAAAUGUGUUGGGGUUUUGUUUUGUUUUGUUAAUCAAAUGGCUUCAGUUCCCAUAAAAGAGGCCAGUCUACAUUUUCAGCAUAAAUACCCAAAUUAUGGCUCCUGUUCAGGGAGCAAAACAUGUCAACCUCCUCUGUACAAUCAUUUUAGUGUAGACAUCGAGAGGCGAUUGAACCUUUUUUCCUUUGCCAUUUCUUUUCCUACCCUUUCCGCCCUUGCAUUUCAUAACUGAAAUCCUACUAGGAGGCCGUUGAAAGUGAUAGACAGAUGUCACCGUUCUAAAUAUUUCAAUACUGUUGUGCAUAAAUUGUGUCUAGUACGCCUUAAGUGUCAUUCAGAAACUCAUAUUACCUAUGAGUCACACAGGUUUUCCAUGUUUGCACUUAAUUACACCAUUACUUCAGUUUUGGCUUCAAAGGUCAUGGUUAAGGUUUGCUACAUACUUUCUUGGAGUGUCCCCAGUGUGAGCUCAGGGAACAAAAACAAAAAGAAAAGUGAACUUCACUAAAACUUUUUGUUGUUGGUAUGUUACUUUAAAUGUGUGUAUGUGAGCGUGUGCGUAUAGAUAUAGAUAUAUAUAUACUGGGACACUUCCGCUUGUUAAUCCAUCACUUUCAAACUGGGGGAGAUGAAGACGUUGCAGUUGUUCAGAUGAAUCAGUUAAAUUAUUUUAUGGAUGCCAAAGAAUAUUUUGAGAAUAGCACAGCCAGAAACCGGAAAUUUGUCAUUUUGGGGAGGGGGGGUGAUGAAUGAAUGAAAGCUGUUUAGCUGCAAAAGGACUAAAUCAGUGUUCAUGACACAGCUGAGGCAUUAGGUUGCAAGCUUGCUGAAGAUGAUGCUUUUAUCAUUUGGAUCACACCCCACCAUUUUGAUUUCUGAUGCUCUUUGCUCAUUGCAUUCUGAGCAAUGUUGGUUUUAUGUUUUCUGAUGCCAGACAUUGGCUGUCCUUGGUUUUUUGAGAGUCAGUCAUUUUACAAGCCUUCCAAAGUCCUUAAUAUCACUCCAGUUGAGCCACAACUUGGAGAACCUUUAUUCUGAAAAGAAACCAAAAUCAGGAGCCAAACACACAUCAGUGUUUUUGCAGCUUUGAGAAGUUAUGUUCGCAAAAUGAUUUUUCAAAAGCACUGACUGAAAUGGAACAAUUUGGUGUUUGCCUAACCCAUAUGAGUUGGCAAGUAAAUUCUGCUCCUUAAUUAAGGCUUGGUAUGUUCAGAUAAUGUUAAAUACAGUAAAUAGGACUUAGUUUUAUCUUAUCAAGCUUGCUAGGCUUUAGCUACAAUAUCCUAGUUAUGUCAUACAAAUAAUCAAUAUGCUGCCUUUUAAUGGCUCUUGCUUCCGUGUGCUUCAGUUCAACUAUAGCUUAAAAAAAAAGAGAAAGAGAGAAACAGAAAUCCAGAAUUCUCACUGUACACAGCUUUGUUCAUCAGCUACUGCAUAACCUGCCUGCUCACCAGUACAGGACAGCAAAAGGAACAAACUUUAAAGAACAACCAAACUAAAGCAACACCUAUCAUCUUGAUUUGGAUUAUAUGUAGCACUCCGAGACACUCCCAUUGUUACUGUGAAUAAGAAGUAAUAGUGAACGAAAAACAAAAAUUAAAAAUACAUGGGGAAAAAGAAGAAAUGCUUUCUCCUAUUCUAGCACCUUCAGCCCAUUAAUGAGACCCUGUACACAAAGUCUCUGAAAUUACACCAUGGAGUUACACACUAGGAGAAGCCCCACAAAAUGGAAGAGAGCCAGGGCUGCCGUUGUUCACAUGGGAAACCAAAGCCCUGUGGAGUCUUGGAUCACAGCUUUUCCAUGUAAUAUAUCCACGUUUGCAACUAACAGGGAAUAACACUGAGUGUAUGUGGAUUCUGGCCUUUUUGUGUGGAGAAAGAUGAAAGAAAAAGAUGCAGAAUACUUUACUGGAAGCCAGGAAUAUAACAUUGUUCCUAACUAGUUGAUGACAAUGCCCUUCUGGCUUGGAAGGGGCUUCUGCAAACAGAAGUAUGGGGCGCAGAUUCCACAUGCAGUCCCCCACCUCCCAUGAUGAAGAUUUGGGGGGGGGAAGUAGUAUUUUAAGCAAUUGUGUCACACAUGUGAACAGAAGAACACCAUUGGAGCCACCUGUGUGUUAGAAAAUAUAUUCACUGUAUUCAGUGUAGACAAGCAUGCAGUAGGAUACAUAACUACUUUUACCUUGUUGCUUUGGCAAAAUGUUAGUAUUUUUGUAUAACUGCUGAGGAAUCCCUUGAUCUGGAUUCUGUAAUGUGCUUGGCCUGGCAAUAAUGCUCCUAAUGUAACUGCAGAUGUGGCGGCGGCGGCCAGUGAGUGCCUUGGAACAAGGCAUAGUCUCUGGAGUUGUAAAGUGGCAGCUUACAUGGGCUCAUCUACAAGCAUAAUGCAGUGCUAAGUACACAGAAGUGCUCCGUAUGGUUAGUCCAGAUUCACCUCUGGCAUCAGAGUUUUGGUAUAUAUCUGGUUGGCUACGCUAAAACAUUUGUAGCCAAAAGCAUUGCUAAUGAAAAGGGGUUUUUCUGGCAGUGCAGCUCUGACUUACUUUAAAUCAUUUCCAGUUCUGAUUAUUUCAUAUGGUCUCCAGUAGUGACCAUCUAAAGUCUUGUUGACGUUUCUGUGCGGUUGACAUAUCUGCAUAUUGCUCAAAAAUAUUUUUAGAAGAACUCCAAUCUUCCUUCACUGUUUUGCACUUGCCUUUUUCUCAACAACAGCAACAACAAAGAUUUGCAUAAAGGAAGAAGAAAUUGUCCGUGGAAAAUAUUUUUAUGAACUGUAAAUGUAUUUUGAGAUGAACAGAGAGCAUAUAUGGUCUAUUUUAUUAAGCAACGGUCUUUAAGAUGAUGUGUGAACGGCAAGCAUUUGUAUUUGCAAUGUAAAGGAUGAAUCUCAUUUCCUUUGGAAAAGCAGCGUCAUGCUUUGGCAUUAACAUGGUCAUAACGAUUCUCCUCUUUCGUUCAUCAACAAGAAUCAAAUCUUGCUUUUAAAAUAUCAGUGUUCAGUCAACUGAAUUUCCUAAAGGCAAUUUUGUAGCAUAUUUUGCAUCUCUUUGAAGAUUUUAACAUUUAUUAUUAAAAAAUAAAAUUAAACUAUUAUUUGACAGAGCUUUUCCUCAAAACACAAUGGAGAAUUAGCCAUUUCUGCAGGAAGAAAGGAGAAGAUUUCAAUCCCACCUGGCUCCCCCCCCCCCCAAUGAGCUCCUCAAAGUGAGGUUUUUGCAAGCUCUCAUAAAAAGACUCCUGUUUCCUGUUACCAGGUAGGUGUGUUAAUUUGGUUGUUCUUUAAGGAAACUGUAGGAUACUUUGCUCCAUUCCACACAGACGCAAAACAGGCCCACUCCAUAUCAGUUACAGGAAACGAUAUGAAUGUCACAGAAGGUAAAGCCCUUCUGUUUUCUUUGUUUCAAAGAAAGUGAUGUGCCAUUUGUUAAUAUAAAAGAGAAAUAUUGAAAAUAUAUUGAAAAGAGCAAUUUUAAAUUAUUUUUGGCUUAUGUUGCGAUAUUUAUUUUCUUGUAUUAGAAAUUCCUUUGUAGAGAAAAAAAUGUAUUUUUCAUUAAUGCAAAAACCUAUUUCUCCUUUUGUAUAUUUUCCAUGUUAGUUAAUCCUUAAAGCAAUAUAAUGUAUCAAAAGUUGUUCUGUGUGAAAGCUGUAUUAUGCAUGCUGUUUGUGUUGCUUUGGAAUAGGUCUGUCCGCCAUAAUUUUCAUCAUGUUUCGAUUCAGUGUAUGCUUUAAUACACAUUGGGACCAUGAACCAUUUGCUUAUAAAAAAAGAAAAGAAAUACCUUUGCAUUCUUCAAUGUGUUGGCAAAUGCAGUCAAUAAAGCCGUGUUUUCUGUGUA